AUGCUGGAAUCAUUAAAUCAAUUUACAAAGUUUUUGUUCAUACUCAUUCUGGUUGCACGUAUCAGCGUCAGUCAACCGAAGGAAUCUAGGAAUGCUGCGAAGUGUGCAACCAAAUGUGUCAACGAUAUGGAGAAACUGGCUCAAUUAAAGCAAACGUGUAAAACAAUGACUUUGUCAAAAUGCGGUCCACAUUUCGGUGCAAGAACGGAGAAGAUCCCUAAAUCAAGAAGGAAAUGCUUUCGUGUUAAUAUUAAUCGAAGUUCAACAAAAAGUGCAGAGUGUGUUCAACUCCUUAAUAAUACUACAUCGCAAACGCAAAUAAAGUCUUGUUAUACAUUUGUGUAUUUUUGCUUUUACUCGGACGUCGUGAAAUUCCUAGAACAAGAGAUGAGGAACGCUGGUGCUCAUUCCGUUCAAACGAAUGAUGUCGCAAUGAAACAGGAUUCUUUAGUUAAUCUAAAGAAGACGCCGGAAUCAAAGACCAUGCCGCGGCUCAUUAGAUCAUUAUCAAACUCAACGAGCUCCUCGACGACACAAGCGCCUACUCCAACAAAAUUUUUCGACGAUUGGGCACAUGGUUUACUUGUUGCUGCCGGCGCAUUGAUAGUGCUCCUUGUUUCUAUAUUUACAAUAGUCUUCUUCAAGUAUCGCAAGAGACGAACGUCUGGUAGGAACGUAAGUUGUACGGUGGAACUACAACCAGUUUCUCCGACCCCUACACUCGGUCAAAACAGCCCUAUAUGCUGUGAAGCAGAUACCUUUCAAUCUCCGAGAAAGGAUUGGGAACAUCACUCAGAGACGUCUGAAAUAGUCGAGACAGAAGUGGAUAGAUCAACUGCAGACGUUGAGGGAAAUUCAGAUGAUGAAUAUUGCUAUCCUGAUAGUAUUGAAGAUAAAUAUGAAAAUAUGAUUCCAGUCGAUCCACUUGAAGCCAGUGGGGAAUACGCGCGCGCGUAUGACCAUACAAAUAUAAACACCGGUUACAUGAAGGAAGACGGCUAUGAAGUUCCACGCGAUUAUGACUACCCACAAAACACCAGGGACUGGCAGGAUUCUGGUUUUAAGGACGCCACAUUGAGCUCCAGUGAGCCUGUGACCCCUCUCAACAAAGAUAACGUAGACUGCACCGGUUAUAGGAACGAAGAUGAUUAUGAAGUUCCACGCGAUUAUGACUGGCGGGAUUCUGGUUUUAAGGAAGCUACAUUGUCAUUGAGCUCCAGUGAGCCUGUGAACCCUCUCAAGAAAGAUAAAGUAGAUGACAAUUUUUAUGAAAAUAAUCAAAUAUUGUUGCGAGAAAGUCUUGAAAAUGAAAACGAAACGGACAUUUGA